AUGAUGAAUUCAUCAAUCUCAGAAUCCUUCAAAAGCCACCCUGUCCAACUCAACCGUAUCAUCCCACUAGACUUCAAGGCUCAUGCCAUCAAACUACCUGACUCUCACACUUGGACCCUGUCAACGGACAACCCUCCGCCCGUCGACCCGUUCACCUCCGAGUCAGUGCCCGUCAUAGACCUUGACGAUCCCAAUGUAGAGUCGCUCACACGGCAUGCCUGUGAGCAAUGGGGGAUGUUUCAGGUCACCAACCAUGGCAUUCGCAUUGACCUCCUUAUAGAACUGGAGUUUCAGACGCGGCGUUUGUUCUCUCUCCCACUGGAACAAAAACUCCACGCCGUCCGAUCGCCGGAGGACUUUGCCGGCUACGGCCUGCCCCGCAUUUCCACGUUUUUCCCGAAGCUAAUGUGGUCGGAGGGCUUCUCGAUAAUGGGGUCUCAGGUGGAACAUGCCAGCAAGCUUUGGCCAAAUGACCACACCAAAUUCUGUGACGUAAUGGAAGAGUACGAGAGGGAAAUGAAGGACCUAACCGAAAGGAUACUAGGGCUAAUGCUUCGAUCUUUGGGCCUAACCAGUGAAGAUGUGAAAUGGCUCAAGCCCAAAGAUGGGGGGAGCAGACGUUCCGAAGCCCUUCUCCAUUUAAACUCAUACCCGGUUUGCCCGGACCCUAGUCAUGCCAUGGGCCUGGCCCCUCAUACGGAUUCCUCCUUGCUCACUUUAUUGUACCAAAGUUGCACCAACGGGCUCCAAGUCCAUAAAGAAAAUAUCGGGUGGGCGCCGGUGCAUCCCAUUGCCGGUGCACUUGUUGUCAAUGUUGGAGACCUGAUGCACAUACUCUCCAACGGCCGGUUCAAGAGUCCGAUGCAUCAAGUGCUUCUCACCAAGUCAUGCCAUCGCAUUUCGAUGGCUUACUUCUACGGCCCUCCGGUCGACGUGAAAAUUUCACCGUUGAUGAAUAUGAUUGACCACAAACACCCUGCUCUCUAUCGGCCAGUGACAUGGAAGGAAUAUCUUGAUGCCAAGGCAAUGCAUUUCAACCAGGCAUUUGAGUUCAUUCGGAAUGAUGUUCAUAUUUCCAAUAAAUAA